AUGAGCAUAACCAUCUGUCCUGAAGGAUUCUACAUAUAUAAACCAAUAGCUAAUCCAGUCACCCCUUUUGCAGGUUAUGCAACCUAUCAUUCUGAGUGUAUCUUGGAUUCCUGUGGACCACAAGCUGAGUGCGCAUAUACUGGAGGGUGCGUCUGUGUUGCUGGGUAUGAAAUCCCCCCUGGACACCUCCCCACACCAGAUUCAUAUGGUUGUGCUGAUAGUGAUGAGUGCCUGAAGACUUCAGACAUGUGUGGUUCUUACUCAAAUUGUACCAACACCAUAGGGUCAUACACAUGUACCUGUUGGGUUGGAUACAUUGCAACAAACAGAACAUCACCACCUUCAGGGACCAACCAAUGCACAGAUUAUGACGAGUGUUGCGAUGAAAUCUGUGGACCGGGUGCCUGUACCAACAACGUGGGAAGUUAUGCGUGUGAAUGCGAUGAUGGUUACAAGCUUGUAACUGAAGCAACACGUGAUUGCCAAGAUAUUGAUGAGUGUUUAAACAUCACCAUCUGUGGUCCUGAAUCUAUUUGCAUUAACAUUCCCGGAGCUUAUACCUGUAAAUGUCAAGUGGGGUACGCACCGACUGACCCAGCUGCAGAACCCAGCUUGACCAACAUCUGUAUCGAUGUUGUUGAGUGUGCCAAAGUUCCCCCGAUCUGUGGUCCCUAUUCCAACUGCUCAAACGCCAUCGGUUCUUACUUCUGCGAUUGCUUCCAUGGUUUUCGACUCAAUAAGCUAGCUGUGAUUGCCAGCUAUAAUAACCCAUGCACAGAUAUAGAUGAGUGCUAUGAGAACCCUGGUAUAUGUGGUAAAGACACUGUGUGCACUAAUGUACUAGGGACCUUUUAUUGUUCUUGUCCUGAUGGAUUAUUCCCUUCAACCGGAAUUGUUUGGACAGUCGGAUUCACAUAUUGUCAAACUAUUGAGAGCUUUUUAGAAGAAAUAAAACCCCCAGAGGGACAAACAAAAGAGAGAGCUUUUCUUGGCAACAUGGACGACCAGUUGAAAGAACAUGUAGGCGACUUUUUACCACCGGCGACUGUGACAAACAGCUUCGCAGCAUCCAUGGAAGUGUCAGGUGUUGGACCACGUGUUAAGUCAAGCAGGUUAAGGAGGUCAAGCAAGGUGAGUAGCGCAGGAGACGGCAAGACUGGCAGUGUGAUCCUGGGCAUCUCAGACCGUUUAAUAGCGGCGAUGGUGCAGCCAGUGGUGAACCAAACCAAGACUAAUGUGAAGACUGAAACAGUGGAAUUAAGUGUAGAAAGUAUCGGGCCUGGAGUCCACGAUGCAGGGAUUAGUUCUCUCUCAGCCAACAAUAACACCAUGGAGAUCAACCUGGAAGAUCUGGCCAACAACAACAAUGGUUCUGCAUCAGUUGCCUUCAUGACAUUAAAUGGGAUGGAGAGUCUUCUUAGCCAUCAAUACUUUAAAACAGAGAACCAGACAGAGAUGUACUCGGAUGUCAUGACUGCCAUCUUAACGUCAAUGAACAACACCAACCUCACCGAGCCUGUCAACUUCACCAUCCAACAUAAGAAGACAGCACCUGAAAAUGGUUUGAUGACCUGUGUCUACUGGGAGGAGAAAACAGAGGAGAUAGGGGAAGACACGAUGAGUUGGUCAGUGGACGGCUGUUGGGUUGCAUACACCAAUGAAAACUACACGGUGUGCAGCUGCUCCCACCUAUCCACAUUCGCCCUCAUCAUGCAGAUUGGGGAUCCGGCACCACCAAAUCCUUUCUUAGAGUGGCUAAACAGAAUCUGCGUGAUUGUCGGAUUAUUCUUCUUUGGUUUGGCCAUCUUCACUUUCCUCCUGUGUAGCUGGAACCCCAAGAUCAACAACACCGCCCGUCUUAACCUCUGCAUCUGCCUCUUCUUCUCCCAUCUGCUGCUGCUGUGGAAUGACAAAUAUACUGAUGAAGAGCUGGCCUGCACCGUCAUGGCGGGGCUCCUGCACUUCUUAAUUGUAGCAGGUUUUGUGUGGAUGCUGCUGGAGGCACUACAGCUUCACCUGUUGGUGCGGAGACUCACCAAGGUGCAGGUCAUCCAGAGAGAUGGCCUCCCCAAGCCAAUUCUCUUUGUGAUUGGCUACGGUGUUCCCUUUGUGAUUGUGGGUGUUUCAGCAGUGAUAUAUUCAGACGGAUAUGGUGCAACUGCGGCAGAAGUGUGCUGGCUCUCUAGGACGCGCAAUUUCAACUGGGCUUUAACAGGCCCUGUGAUCCUUAUCCUUGCACUCAAUUGGAUAUUGUUCCUUGCUACUCUAUGGAGUCUGAGACCCACCCUGGUCAACAUGAAGAGCGGUGUUUCUCAGUCUAAAGACACCACGCUGAUUCUGUUCAAGAUUGUGGCCCAGUUUGUCAUACUGGGCUGUACCUGGAUUCUGGGCCUGUACCAGUCCAACCUCUUCUUCCAGGUCCUCUUCAUCAUGCUUAACUCCCAGCAGGGCACCUUCCUCUUCGUUGUCCACUGCCUGCUCAACAAGGAGGUUAGAGAUGAAUACAUUAAAUGGCUGACCUGUUCUUUCAAUAAGGAAAAACAAGGAUCUGUGAGAGAUGUACCAUCAGUCUCCGAGGACUUUGACAAGGCUGAAGAUUAAACAAGCUAAUGGUGAUGGAGUGAGAAUGACAAAG